CAGGAUUUAAACGGACAGAAAGAGCUGUGUCCACGCCUCUGCCACCUGAAGAAAGGCCCCAAUGGUUAUGGCUUCAACCUGCACAGUGAGAAGUCCCGCCCAGGGCAGUUCAUCCGCUCGGUUGACCCCGACUCACCAGCAUCCAGAGCAGGCCUGCGGCCCCAGGACCGCCUGGUGGAGGUGAAUGGGAUAAACGUGGAGGGGCUGCGGCACUCAGAAGUGGUGUCUCAUAUCAAAGCCAGAGAGAGCGAAGCCAGGUUGUUGGUGGUGGACCCUGAGACAGAUGAGUACUUCAAGAAGCUGGGGGUGACCCCCACCGAGGAGCACACCAAAGGUGUGGUGCCUCAGCCCAUGACGAAUGGAUCUGCACAGAUGCAGCUGAAUGGAGGAUCCACGUCUUCAUCUCACAGUGACCUUCAAAGUCCUGGGAAGGAAUCCGAGGAUGGAGAUUCAGAGAAGAGGGACCCGUUUGAGGAGAGUGGGCUGAGCCUGAGCCCCACGGCAGCUGAGGCCAAGGAGAAGGUGAGGGCCAAGAGGGUGAAGAAGAGGGCUCCGCAGAUGGACUGGAACAAGAAGAGGGAGAUCUUCAGCAAUUUCUGAGCCCUGCUGGAAGCAGUGCUCAUUGCCCUGCCCGGACGUUUGGAGGUGCCCACAGCUCUCCUGCAGUGUCCACGUGAGAUGCUUUGUGCUCUGCUCUUCACUGGUUGCUUUUAUGAAGCGUAUUUUAAAGUCUUUUUUUUUUUUAAUUGUUAUUAUUAUUAUUGUUAUUAUUAUUAUUGUUACUCACCAGCGAUUCUCAUAAGACGAAUGUGACCAAAGCUCCUUUCCUUGCUCGCUUUCAGCCUGGUUGGCUUCCCGCUGUCCCCAUUCCUGCUGAGAAAGGACUGGAAGAGUUUCACUCUUGUUUCUUACCUGCGUUAUUUAGGCUUUUGUUACUGUUUUUUAUUUGGGGUGUUCUGGGUCUGCAGGUGUCCCAGGCUGAGCCCCAUGGGAUGUUCUGUGCUCCUGUGCAGAUGGGGGCACCUCACCGUGGUGGAGGGCUGGCAUGCCCCUCACGAUAGGAAAACAGACAGAGGCUGUGAAUCACUCGCUAGCUUUGCUAUGGGAAUGAAAGUAUUCUCAUUGCUGUUGUUUUGAAUGAAACCCCAUCUGUUUCCAGUUAAUGUAGGGACCUCCCUCCCCAGCAGCGACUCCUGUCCUGGCCCUGGCAACCCCUUUUCCACUUCUCAGUGCCGCAGAGGGGGAUGCACAGACAGCACAAACCCAGCACCAGAUGCCACCAACCUCACGAUCUGCACAGUGUGAGAGAUGCUGCAGGGCUGAGUGUGUCACUGCAGAGCCCUUGGGGUGGGCACACUGAGCCUGGCCCCACUCCCCCUGUGUUCCUUGGCCACAGGGUCAGCUAUGGAGUAAACUCUGGUUAGGAGAGGUUUGAUGUCGGGGCAAUUGCUUUGGUUUUGUGUCCUCCUUUUAAUACCAGGAAUGUUUUCAAAUCCUCCAAAUGUAAAGCAUGACAGCUGAAGUUGUUUUAAGCUCUUUAUUGCUUGCCUUUGGCUGUGAAGGAGAAAAAUGGAAUGCAGUGCAACACAGAGAGUCCAGCUGUGGGGUCUGCUCUCCCCAGCAGCCCUGAGCUCCACUGUGUGCUGGCCAUGCAGCAGUGGGGAGGGACUGGGCAUCUGGUAAAGCCAUGUUCCCCAGCUGAAUGCAAAUGGGCAGCGAUAACUUGGGUGUUGAUGACUCUUCUAAACAAAAGACUUGGCUGCGACUUUGCUCUGUUACUCCCCAGAGCUGCUGUAUUACAAGGUAGAGGCCUUUGGAUUAGUCAGUGCACUAUGGAUAUUGCCAUGGCUCUGUGUUUUCUGAACACUGAACUAAAAGGUGCCUUAUGCCACGUGCUGCUCUCCUGGCUGCAGCAUAGGGCCAGCGCUUGGCUGCUGGCUGGAAGGAGCACGGAACCCUCAGGGGCGGAGGAAAGGAUUUCUCUUUUAUGAAAGUGCAAACUGUUGAUGGGCUGAAUAGGUUGGGGAAAAAAAAAAAAUGGAGAAGGUCUGGUGCAGGUGUUGGAUUACUGAGGAUGAGACUGGCAGCAGGAUGAGGUUCAGGAUAGGGGGAGAUUUUUUUUUUUCUUCCCCUCCAGGACUCUGCCAUUAGCUACAGGCCUCUUCCCUACCCCACUUCAAAGACGAUUAGCUCCUCUCAUUUUAGUCCCUGAAAUAUUUGCUUCUACAAGAACUAAGAAAGUACUGAAGGAGCCCCACAUUUUCACGGUAUGCACAUCAUUCCCAGUGCCUGCAUAGCCAAACCCCACAGUACUCUGCUCUGUGCAGGGCAGAGUGCUCCCCACUACACCAAGAACUUAAUCUAUGAUGCACGUUAAGAGAAAAGACUCAUUUGUAAAUACCACGUUUCUCAUACAAGACUGGACCACUGUAGUUAAGGGGGGAGGAAAAAGAAAGAACGUGUAGUUCUGAAAGCAGAUCAAAAGAAAUCAGGUGUGCAAAUGCAUACUGAUAAGAUUUUAAAAUCUUAAUCUUUGCUUAGUCCAUGGAAAUUGCUCCUGGUUAAAGCACUUAUCAUAUUUCUGACAUCUUGUAGCUCAGUAGUAAUUAUUCAGUUCCUGUACAUUUAACUUGGAAAAAAAAAAUCAAUAAAGUAUAAGGCUGUUAGCUGUAUUGUAAAAACAUAAUAUACACUGUAAUGUCAGUAAUAAACUUUGUUUUCCCAUGUA